AUGGCUUUUCUUCGAAAAAAGAAGGUUAAAUUCAGUGUUGCAUUGGUCGUGGAAAAAUUGACUGAUGUUCCGUUAUUAAAUGCUGUGAUAUUUGCAAAGGUUCGUCUACUCGAAUGUGGUUCUUUUGUUGGCACUACAUUGCAUAGACCAGUCUGUUCCCACCAAGUUGACUUUAUGAUCCCUUCAGUUUCAAGACGGUUUAAUAGUUCUGCACCUUCGAAUAUUCGCAUGAGAAGUAGGACGAACAGUGGGCAAAUUUAUCCAAAUGCAAAUGUUCAUAGGCAUAGUACAACAGACAUAAUUGAUGGAUCUUCCAUCGCCUCUUCUAUGAAUUCCUUACAAGAACAACAACAACAUAAACAAUUUUCUUUAUCUCCAGCUUCUCAUAGAAAAUUUCAACAAAUUGAAAGGCGUCAUUCUUUAACUGAACGUUCUCCACGUGAAUUAGACGAUGCUCACCGUAAAUGGGAUGAUUUUGAAGAAGCUUUAAAAGCGCAAGCAGAAAACAGCCAAAUCGAUGAGGCAAGCUAUCAAAAAAUUUUGGAGCAAAUUGAUGCGCGCAAUCGAAAAUGCAAACACUUAUUGGAAGAAGAUGGGAUUAAAAAUGAAUUUGAUGAGCUAAUACAGAAUAGAAUUCGCGAUUCUGAUCAGCCCGAAUACUUUAUCGAUGAACUUGGAAAUUUAGCUUAUGCUGAAAAAAAUACACAACCAUUUUCUUUUUAUUGUUAUAUCCCUUAUGAUUCUAAAUAUUCUGGAGAACUUGAGGCCUGUCGAUGCAAAAUUUCAUUAAGAAAGGAAGACCGUGCUGGACGUAAUCCACAAAAAUUGGGUUAUGUAAUAAUUAAUCUUUCUGAAUUUGCUGGGAGUGGAAAUACUGGUAUUAGAAAGUCUUUUUUACUUGAUGGAUAUUUUACAAGUCAAAGACAGGACAAUUCUCGUGUUCAUAUUUUUAUUAGAAUGCAGCAUGAUUCAUUAGAUCCUCUUUUUAAAGUGUAA